ACAGAAAUAAAUUGUAAUCCACAGAUGCCGUUUUAAGAAUACUGUAGUAGACAUCUGAUAAGAUAGAAAAAUAUGUCGGAAUCUGGUUUCACCUUCUCUGCGGUCGAUUACGUCGUGUUUGGAUUGAUGUUGCUUUUAUCAGUUGCUAUCGGAAUAUAUAAUGCAUAUCGUGAACGCAACAGUAAUUCUGCUAAUGAUUAUCUGAAUGCUACAAAAUCCAUGUCGAUGUUGCCGGUUGCAAUAUCAUUAUGUGUUACAUAUGAAUCUGCACUCAAUUUACUCUCCACACCCGCAGAAAUUUACCUAUAUGGGUCGAUGGCUUCAUGGGGAUUGAUCGCAACGAUAAGUGCUCCAAUAAUUGCAGCGCACAUUUUCAUGCCUACUUACUAUGCAGCGGGAAUCACAAGCGUCUACGAUUACUUGAGAUUGCGAUUCAACAGAGUGACACAAAUUUUGGGUACUUUAACGUUUAUGUCGGGCGCGCUCGUAUAUUCUGGAGUCAACAUGUAUGCACCUGCUAUUGCAUUUGAAGCAGUGUCUGGUUUGAAUACUUGGGCAAGUAUUCUCGCAUGCGGCAUUGUUUGCAUCCUUUAUACAACUUUUGGUGGAUUCAAAGGAAUCGUUUGGACGGAUGUGUUUCAAUCUUUCGUAAUUGUAGUUGGUGUCAUAGCAGUCGUUACUAGAGGCGUUAUGAUAAAUGAAGGAUUUGCAGAAAUUUGGAACGCCGCUUAUGAAGGAGGAAGAAUCGAUUUUGUGCAUUUCGAAACUGAUGUUCGGAUUCGACAUACAUUUUGGUCAGUAGUCAUAGACUCUCUCAUAGUUACAACAGCUUCGUACGGAACGUCUCAACCAGCAGUUCAGAGAUUUUUUAGUUGCAAAAGUCUGAAAGAUUCACAGAUGACUGCAUUGGUAAACAUUGUUGGUCAUAUUAUGUUGUAUGGAAUAGCGUUCCUACUUGCAAUCGUUGCUUACGCACAUUACAGAGGAUGUGAUCCGCUUGAGCAAGGAUGUAUCAGCAAAAUUGAUCAGAUUAUCCCACUGCUUGUGAUGGAUGUAUAUCACAACUAUUACGGAAUACCCGGGUUGUUCCUGGCCUGCAUUUUUGCUGCUACCUUAAGUACGAUUUCAUCAACGAUGAAUGCAUUGGCAUCAGCAGCAAUGGAUAAUAUUGUUACACCUUACACAAAAUUUAACGAGCGAACUCAAUUUUAUGUCUCUAAAGGAAUGGUAUUUUUCUUUGGCGUUGUUUGCAUCGGGAUUGCAGCAUUGAUGACGAACGCACUUGAAAUAUAUGAAGCAGCACUAAGCUUAAUUUCUAUCACCAUGGGACCAUUAUUAGGAUUAUUCACUUUAGGAAUGCAAUUUCCAUUCGCAAACUGGAAGGGAGCUUCUGGUGGUGUGAUCUGUGGUAUUGCAUCAGGGGCCUGGCUCUAUUUAGGAAGGAAAAGCAUCACACAGUCGAACGAUUUUGUGAGAGCAAUGGAUGUUACUACAGAUCAAUGCAAUUUCACAUGCAACGGAGAAGAGAUAGUAACUAACUACACUACUCUUGGUUACUGGACAACACCAGUCGAUGCAACUACAAUUCCAGAAAUUUAUGAUGAAGAUGUCCCGUUCUAUACACUGUCUUUUCGAUACAUCAGCGCUACUGGUUUUAUCGGUUGUAUAAUCAGCGGUUGUAUUAUUAGUCUUUUAACCGGUGGAUGGAGAGAUCGCCACAAAGUAAAUCCGAAGUUAUUGAGACCACUUUUCGAUCUCUGGAUUUUCAGAAUAUGGAUUCCGGAAAAAGUCCGAAAGUUUCUACGAUUUGGGAUUGAAUGGAGUGAAGAUGGCAACGAUGAUAAGUUUGGAACAAAAUCAGAAAAAUAUAGAACGGAAACAAGUGGCGUUUAUUCAGUACAGAUGGAUCCUGGCAAUGUCUAUGCAAACGAAUCAUUCGUAGAUGACAAAAACGCGGUAAAAAUGAGCAGUUUGUAAACAGAUGACAACGUUUGAAGCUGUCAAAUAUUUAAACAGGCAGAAGAUAACUUUAUUUCAUGAAUAUUGUUUCAUUAGAUUAGCUAAAAUUUUCAAUUUCCAUCGGCAUCUCAGUAAAAGUCGAAUCGUAAUUAAACCUCAUCCUUUAUUGUUGAAUAAUUUAGCAUUCUCAAUAUAUUAUUAUGGUGACCGUACAUUUGAACCCACGUACAUUUGAACCCAUGUGUAUAUCCACGGGUUUAAUCUAUAUGCGGGUGCUAAAACCCAUGG